UAAAUCAAGUUAUGUACUUGCAAAAUAUGAUCAGAAUAUUUGUGAGAAAAGUAGUCAAAAUGAAAAGCCUAAAGAUGCUAAAAAAGAUUUAAAUAAAGAUUUUAUUGAAAAAUUUUUAAACAGAAAUAUAUUUAAUAAUU